AUGGGCCCAACUCUCAACAGUAUUGUAUCUUCUCUGCAGAGAAGUGGAAUAUUUAUAAAUUCUUUAAUAACUGCUUUGACUAUUGGUGGGCAACAAGUAUUCUCCUCUUUAAUGUUCAGAUGUCCCUGUCAGGUUGGGAAAAACUUCUAUUACGGUUCUGCUUUUCUAGUCAUUCCUGCCUUGAUCCUUUUGGUUGCUGGCUAUGCUCUGAGAAGCCAAAUGUGGACAAUUACCAGUGAAUACUGCUGCCGCUGUGCCCCUCCACACCGGAGAAUCAGCCUCCUGGAGCGCAAGCUGGCUUGCCUUAGGUUCUUCAGCAUCACCGGGAGGGCACUUGUUGCUCCAUUGACAUGGCUGGCAGCAACCCUGAUGACAGGCACCUACUACGAAUGUGCAGCAAGUGAAUUUGCAUCUGUGGACCAUUACCCAGUGUUUGACAAUAUCGGUGCCAGCAAACGGGAAGAAAUCGUAGCUGGGUUUCCAUGUUUCAGGUCAGCUCCAUCUUAUCAGGAGAUAAGAGAUGAAGUAGCUCUUCUGCACAGAUAUCAGUCACAAAUGCUGGCCUGGAUUUUGAUCACCUUGGCAACCAUUGCUGCCCUAGUUUCCCGCUGCUUGGUGAGGUGCUGCUCUCCCCUCACCUCUCUGCAGCAAUGCUACUGGACCAACCACCUCCACAAUGAGAGGAAGCUCUUUGAACAAGCAGCAGAGCAGCACUCACGCUUCAUCAUCCUGCAGCGCAUAAAGAAACUAUUUGGCUUCAUUCCUGGAAAGGAAGAUGUCAAACACAUCCGUAUUCCUUCGUGUCAGGACUGGAAAGAUAUUUCAGUACCCAGUCUUUUCUGUAUGGGUGAUGACUUGCAAGGUCACUAUAGCUUCCUUGGAGACCAAGUGGAUGAGCAUAAUGAGGAAAGCAAGUUGGGAGAUAUUGAAUUAAAACCUUGA